GUACGCGACAGCAGUUCCCCCCUGACAACUGCAAAGGAAUCCUGCUUGUCUGGGUUAACAGCGGGUUUUCUGAUGCAUCUAUGCGACGCACGAACACCCACAAUGGCACCUACAUGACGCUUGGCGCGCACUGGUGGACACGAAGGUCGAUACGGACGAACUGUCAGUGGUACACGGCCGGGUAUCCGUGGACGCCCGCGGCACCAGGUACCGGCCAUCCAAGCACAAUGGACGGGGAACUGACAGACUUUGCCUCGGUUCAGAAGUGCUUGGCUCGGUGCUGCGAUGAGGUCGCCUGUUUGACAGAAGCUAGCGACUUGGUUUGUCAUCCUGAUGGAAGCUGCGAACGAACAUGGCACUACGAGGGAACGGAACAGGUAUCGGUGAAGGCGACAAUUGAGCCCGUUGUCUUCCUUGGCAGACAAGUUAUGGAUAUUACCAUCACCAUCGCCUUAGCUUGGGAUCAUGUACCCUUCAUAGACGGGUCUGGCGGCAAUCGGUGCCUAUUAGUACUAUUACUGUACUACUUAGGGAUGAAACAGCCAACUCUUGCCGUCGAAGAACCCCUUUUUCUCACCCGUACGUGGAGUCAUGUCAUUGCUACCCUCCAAGAUGUACAUAAGCCACUUCCGUACAGUUCCUUCCGGGCCAGUAACUCCCAGCUGAAACUCAACUUGAGGAAACCAGAAAGCGCAUUUCAUACCCCGAUGAGCCACCUGAAGAGGAAAGUUCUCGGGCCUCUCCUACUUGGAAUGUCAUUAGUCUGUAAUCCAUAACAAAGACAAGAUCCGUUGCACAGAUAGGUUGUCU